AUGAAUAAGAACAUUCGAAUGAAAAUGUGGGUCCUAGUCCUGCACCUCAAGAGAUUCGGCGGAGAAUUUCUGCAGAAGAGUGCGUGCAGCAUUGAGAUUGCCCCAGAGCUGAGAUUCUCCACCCAUGAGCAGGGAGGAGGCUCCAUGGAGCAGCUUACGCCAAGUAUGGUCAGUUUGGACAUGGACAUGGACAUGUCAUUUUACACUCCCUUCGCAUCUCCAGCCGGCAGCCACAGCAGCAGCAGUUCUACUCUAGUCUUGAGGGACAGUGGAGAGAGCGCAGGAGAGUCAGAUAGCAUGACGUCGUUUCUGAUGGAGACAGAGAGCAACAUCACAACAUACCACUUGGCAAGCGUUGUGUCCCACCUGGGUGACAGUAUGGAGAGUGGUCACUACAUCUGUGAUGUUGCGGAGCGGGAUGGCAGUGAUUGGCUGUGCUUCAAUGACAGUAUGGUGUCACGGAAGAGCAAGGAAGACGUACUGCAGGACAGGGAGAGCACAGCCUACUUGCUCUUCUAUGUGAAGAGCGAGGGAGGAGAGGAGGACAAAGGAGGAGUUGGCUAGAUGUCAACUGGACAUCUAGUCAUAGGAAGAGAUUUGGCAUGCCGUUUCUUGACGCCGGGCUGUUUGACUAUUAUGAUCUUCUGAGCCCCACCUCGUGUCAUGAUGUCAUGAGAGAAAUUGGCUGCCGGAAAGAGACACCCGUCUGCUGGUGACUCCACCCUGUUCUACUGAGAGACCUCUUCCUUUGCCCUGGUUGUCAGAGUCACAAUCAUCAUCAAGGAACAUCAGCUCAGAAACAGAGAGACGGUUGCCGCCAAGAGGAAGCAGUGUCCAGGAAGCCGUCAUGACGGAUUUCAACCUUUUUUCCAUCAUUG